GAAACGUUUUCAGAUGUCUGCAGGUUUUCUGUAUUUGUGGACUUCACAGCACAAUGACUGUGAGUAAUUGGUCUAGUAAUAAAAUCUUUUUGUUGGUGCCUUUGAUAAGAGCCUCUAAGGAAUCAUGGUUUUAAUAAUGUUGGCUGAUCGGCAAUCGGUCGAUAUUUACGUGUGAAGCUGAUCGUCAGUAGAAUAAUACUGGAACAUUGACGAUGUAUCGUGACAAUAAAACACCGGAGCAGGUCAGUUGAAAACAAAGAUCAAAAUCGGCUGGUCAGGAUUUGUAAAGGUCACUGAUCAGAAAUCUGUGAUCGUUGCAGUGUUGCUAACAGCUGGUCACUGAAGGAAGCAGUAAAUCCUUCAGUCACUGGUUCAAAGUCACGGGAUUUGAACCAGUGACUUUUGUCUGCCAGCUGAUUUAACUCAACUUUGAACCUCUGAAAGAAGCAGAAUAGAAAAGGAGACAUGAAUCCAGGUGUGUUUGUUUCAUCAGUCACUGUUUUCAGACAUUUCCAGAGGACUCCUCUGUCCCUGCCAGCUGAUUCUGUCCCGGUUGGACUUCGGGCCAAACGUCCUGCUGGUUCUGUCUGAGUCUGACUGAUGCUGCUGCCCUUCAGAGGAACACAGAACUUUAAAGGUGGAGAAAAAAGAUUCCAACCUGCAGAUCAAACCUUCAGCCGUCAUGGAAGAAUUCAGGAAGGAAACGUCCUGCAGACGGAUCAGAGCUGAGAGAGGAGAAGAGGCGAAGAUAUGAUGAGGAGGCAGAGGAGCUCCGUCACCAAGGAGGAGCUCCGUCACCGAGGAGGAGCUCCAUCACCAGAGAGGAGCUCCGUCACCAAGGAGGAGCUCCAUCACCAGAGAGGAGCUCCGUCACCAGAGAGGAGCUCCGUCACCAAGGAGGAGCUCCAUCACCAGAGAGGAGCUCCGUCACCAGAGAGGAGCUCCGUCACCCAGAGAGGAGCUCCGUCACCAGAGAGGAGCUCCGUCACCAAGGAGGAGCUCCAUCACCAAGGAGGAGCUCCGUCACCAGAGAGGAGCUCCGUCACCAGAGAGGAGCUCCGUCACCCAGAGAGGAGCUCCGUCACCAGAAAGGAGCUCCGUCACCAAGGAGGAGCUCCGUCACCAGAAAGGAGCUCCGUCACCAAGGAGGAGCUCCGUCACCAGAAAGGAGUUCCGUCACCAGAGAGGAGCUCCGUCACCAAGGAGGAGCUCCGUCACCAGAGAGGAGCUCCAUCACCAGAGAGGAGCUCCGUCACCAGAGAGGAGCUCCGUCACCAGAGAGGAGCUCCGUCACCAGAGAGGAGCUCCGUCACCAAGGAGGAGCUCCGUCACCAGAGAGGAGCUCCGUCACCAGAGAGGAGCUCCGUCACCAGAGAGGAGCUCCGUCACCUGGUUGUUGAUCAAGUGACUUUUGUGAUGAAAAAAGUAUUUUCUUGGUAGUUUAGUGAAAUAAGCUACACCUCAUUCACCUAUUUUUUUUUUAUUAA